AUGAAAUUGGCGGCUUUGGUUAGCGGAGGGAAGGACAGCUGUUUUGCUAUUUGCGAGAGCAUCGUACACGGUCACGAAAUUGUCGCCCUAGUGAACCUGAAACCAUGCGACACUGAGGCUAGUCAGGUGGAGAUUGACAGCUACAUGUUUCAGAGCGUUGCUACCGAGGGAAUACGUUACUUUGCGGAUGCUCUUGAAGUGCCACUGUUUCAGGCUAACAUAACCGGCACAGCAGUCUGCCAGUCUCUGUCCUAUCAUCAAUCCCCCGCCGACGAGGUAGGUGCCGACAAAGACGCGGGGAAACUAGAAUCGUACAGACCCAUCUGUCUGACCUCUGUGGUGAGAAAGGUCUGUGAACGGAUGGUUGAACGCAGACUCCGACACUGGGUUGAAGAGAACCAGAAGCUCGUAGACUAUCAAGACAGUUUCCGGAAGACGAGGAGCACUGAGGACCAGCUGAUUCGACUAUCUCAGUCGGUAUCGGAUGGAUUCCAUAUUAAGCCAUACAGAAGGGUAGCUUUGGCUCUCAUUGAUUUCGAAAAAGCCUACGAUACCGUGGAUGGCAUCGGAGAGGACGUUGAGAUAAGCCUUUCCGCGGACGAUGCUGCGGUAUGCAGCCAAGAUACUAACUCCGACAGGGCUAUCCAGCGAGUGCAGACCGCGAUAACAAUGAUAUUCCAAUGGAGCCGAAAGUGA